CCGACAUUGUGUCCCUGUGUAGGAUAUAUAACCUUACUCCCGAGUCCACACCACACCCUUGAUAUGCCACCCAACCAAGCAGCUUGGCUUGUCCGUUCUAAGGGCCAUCCCUUCGAAGUUCGAUCUGCUCCCUACACACGCCCACAUGAAGGACAAAUUGCCGUACGAACCCACGCCGUGGCCAUCAACCCAAUUGACUGGACGGUUCAAGGCCAGGGUACCACCCUGAUGUACCAAUGGCUAUCCUACCCUACCAUCUUGGGCACUGAUGUAGCCGGAGAGGUGGUCGAGGUUGGACCGAAUGUCACCACAUUCUGCGUCGGAGAUCGUGUACUCGGCAAAGCAUGCGGCACCGACGAGAAGAUCAAUUCUCACACCCAAGGCGGCUUUCAACUGUAUGUCAUCCUCGCUGCACAUAUGGCCUGUCCUAUUCCCGACCGAGUAUCAUUUGAGCAGGCCGCAGUGCUGCCCCUGGGGGUUUGCACCGCCGCAUGCGGGCUUUUUGAACCCGACCAGCUCAAUCUCAAGCCCCCAUGCGCUCGCCCGGAGCCCACCGGCCAGACCGUCAUCAUCUGGGGUGGGGCUAGCAGUGUCGGUACCUGCGCAGUCCAGCUCGCUCGAGCUGCGGGAUAUCAAGUUUUCGCCACCGCCUCACCCAAGAACUUCGAGCUGGUGACACGAUUAGGCGCCAGUCGGGUCUUUGAUUACCGCAGCGAGACGGUCGUCGCGGACAUGAUCGCUGCGUGCCAGGGAGAGACUGUGGCAGGCGCACUGACUGUGGGGGCCAAUGCGGCGGAUUGCUGUUUUGAUAUUCUCGCUCAAUGCACCGGGCCCCGAUUUAUCUCCAUGGCUGCGUAUCCAGUCCCACAGCCGCCGCCAACACAUCUCACGGUUCCUCGUACAGCCCUCGCAUUCAUGGUCGGCAAUUCAAAGUACUGGUACAAGUCCCGCAUGCGAGGAAUCAAGUACAAAUACAUCUUUGCCAGCACGCUCUAUCACAACGGGGUGGGGGCCAUGCUUUUCCAGCAGUAUUUGCCGCAGGCUUUGGCCGAGGGCCGGUUUUGGGCAGCACCUGAGCCGCUCGUGUAUGGCAAGGGCCUGGCGGAGAUUCAAGGGGCAGUGGAUUUCCAUAAGUCGGGAGUGUCUGCGAAGAAGGUGGUUGUGCUGCUGGAUGAUUGA